UGGGAAUGUAUUGGUUUCUCGUGAACCAAAACAAGGCGUCCAUCGCUUCCGUCAAGAUAUUAAGCAUAGCUUUGGGCUGGAGUUUAGGCGAAUCCAUAUUCACCCGAUUGGUUGACUUCUACCUCAACGCCCGUUCCCUUCAAUUCGAUUGGACUCACCUCUUGAGCGCCACCGAAGCCAACAUCCAUUUGUUGCAAAACAUCAGUGUCUGUGCGCUGUUGUGGCAGUGGAACAGAAGUGCAAACAAGUUGUCGAUUGUCUUAAUAAUGGUAUACUUCUUUAGAGGCCAGCCAUGGAUGCUCUCGAAUGGCAUUCUUGUCGGUCUCGCCGUAAUCGUAGAGAAUCUCAUCGUUUUCAUGGAUGUCUUUGAGAGCAAUGAACACGAGAUGUGGUCUCCCAUUGGACUCAAUUAA